AUGAAAGCAAAGUCGCGUUUUUGUUGUCAAUUUUGUGUUGGAUUACCAAGUUGUGAGUCAAAAACACCCAUUCUCCGAAUUUCAAUUUUAUACAUCUUGUCAGACAGGUGCGCUUUUGAUGGAUAACUUACUGAAUGGCGGAUAAUUCGGGUCAGCUGGCGGUAAAAUGUCAAACGAGCACAGAAGUGAUUAGUAAUUAAUUUGUAAGGUGAGUCUAGCCUCCUUCAAUGGCGUGCAGUUUAGAAGAUUCUUCAACAGCAUGUAGUUCAAGGCCGUGGCUCAGAAGCAUGAGGCUGAAUCUGAAGGUGUUCGUUCUUUUCAUUAUUCUCGCUGUGAUGUUUAUGACGAUAUCGCUAUGGACCAAAUGUAAUGACGUCACAAAACAGGACAACAACUUCUAUCGGGAAGAGACGCCAUUUCAAAAGUACGAAAACGCACCAGAGCACCGCAUUGCCAACGGCCACCACCUCCAGGGUGCGAGAAACGACCAGACCGCGGUUAUAUCAUAUGAGCCAAUCGAAUGCCUUGUAAAUAACGAAUAUACGAUUACAGCUAGGAGAGAGGGCAAUGAAGUGUAUAUACCUUUUAGCUUUUUACAAAAAUAUUAUGAGGUGUACGGUCGCAUCAUCCAGGGGAACGGGUUCGAGCGGUUCGAGUGGCAACACAGCUACUCGCGCAUUUACAAGCCACGCGGGAAAUACACGACAGACGGGAUCUUCAUGUCGUUCGAUCACUACAACGUGGAGGUGCGGGAUCGAGUCAAGUGCAUCAGUGGGAGGGAAGGCGUACCUCUAUCGACACAGUGGGGACCCCAGGGUUACUUCUACCCGAUUCAAAUUGCUCAGUUUGGUUUGAGUCACUAUAGCAAGUUUCUGGUGGAGAAGGAACCGCUGACGGAGAUAUACGAAGAUGGCGCAGACGACGGUGCUAAGUGGAUGACGCAGGAGGGGAAGAGUUCCGUCACAGCUGUCGAGGCGAAGGACCUGCAUCAAAAAGUGAUAAAGUUUGUUUCAAAAGAUUCUCUCUCUAGUGCUGGAGUGACUCUCAACCUGGAUGCCACCGAAACCACCUCCCUCAGCCUCGACUACAAACUCGUCUCCAAUGGAAGCAUAUCUGUGAAAGUGGAAACGAAAAAUAAACAUAUGUAUCAUAUACAUUACGUGUGUAGCCCGACGGUACUGUCGCGGGAAAAAAAUCACAUAUAUUACGGCAUAGGGGCCGUCGGCUUACAUAAACAUUGGAGCCAUUUAAGUCGAGAGUUAAAUACCGAUUUACAAAAAGGGAUAGCUUUAAACUCAAAAGCCAGGAAAUCGUGGAAAGCGCAAUUAGGUAUAUACAGGGUUGUGAGUUUGACGUUACGAGGCAGUGGUUAUGUUGACAAUGUAACAUUAUCCAGCGCCGCACAUCUGGACCAUUUUUACGCGGCGGCUGAUUGGCUGGUGAACCACCAGGACCAGCGAGGAGGCUGGCCAGUGCAUGUGACUAGGAAAUUAGCCAAUGGCGCGUUAGAGCUACCACCGGGAUGGUACUCGGCGAUGGCACAAGGUCAAGCCAUGUCAACUUUAACCCGCGCUUACAUACGAACAGGGAACAGAAAAUAUCUAAGCGCCUCAUUACGUGCCACGAAAAUAUUCGACGUGAAAAGUCAGGAUAACGGCGUCCUGGCGAAAUUCAUGGAUAAGCACAAUUGGUUCGAAGAAUAUCCCACAAUUCCAAGUUGUUAUGUUUUGAAUGGGUUCAUCUAUUCUCUGAUUGGCUUAUAUGAUCUGAAGUCCGUAGCGCCGAGUGAUUACGUUCAUGAUGCCGAGCGUUUGUUCAAUUCUGGGAUGGAUACAUUAAAGGUUAUGCUUCCACUCUUUGACACAGGUUCUGGUUCCAUUUACGAUCUCAGGCAUAUAACGUUGGGUGUCGCGCCGAACUUGGCGCGAUGGGACUACCAUACGACGCAUGUCAAUCAAAUUCUGCUGCUCAGUACAGUGGACGAUGAUCCGAUUCUAAAAAAUACAGCGGAACGCUGGAUAGACUACAUGAAGGGAAAGAGGGCGCCUCACAACUGAACCUGCCUUACCUCAAUCAAAAUGGUUUCAUCCAUUCAUUGAGAAUUCUUUGUAAAAUGGAGUGUAAAAUGGAUUGCUCCAUUUGUGAUCCUAGGUAUUUCUGGUUAUGACACAGUUCAUUCUGUUGUACCUAAAUAUAUGAAAUGGUUUCACCCAUUGAUGAAAAAAGACUUUUGAGUGGAUGAUUCCAUUGGUGAUUUUAGGCGAGUUAGCUUUGACAGCACCAUAUUUUAACAUUCCGGGACUUGUGACGUGAUGGCCUGAAGUCUUCAAGAACUGAUCGCGAUUAGUCAGCUGAACUUCCUUACUCUGCUGUGUUAGCAUUAUGUACUUAAAACUUAAAUCAAAAUUUGUAUUGUCUGUCUGGAAAAACUGGUAUGAAAAUUGGAUCAGUUCUUGAUGAGUUUUAGGAUGACUGACUUUAUUAAAGCCUCACUGCAGUGAAUCUUGCUUGCAACUUUUCUGAAAUGUUGCUGAGAACAUUGCCCCUGUGUUGGCUAACAUGGUCGAGUGAAGUAGAUUUUGCCUUCCUCAGUAACCUGGCCACUGUUAAAUAUACAGUCCGAAUCACAAUUGACAUCCGUCCUGCUUCGCGUCAGUGACGCGGAACGUACGCUAGAGAUGCGCAUCAACGACGCACCGGUGAUGCGCUUAUCUCUAUUUUUGCGUUAAUUACGCUCGACCUACGUUUGUCUUGCGCACGACCUACCUGCUGGGUAGUGCGUCAAUAACGCACAAAUGACGCGCCAAUGACCCGAAUUUAGGGAUGACAAUUGUGAUUUGGACUGUAUACCCAGGGUUUUGUGGGUGAUAGAUUUUCUGAGAGAGGUAAACCUUAUAUUAAAGGUUCCAAUCCUAAUGUAAGACACUGCCUGCCAUAGUGCUAUGAUGAUUAUGUGCCAGCUAUUUCAUCGAGAUUAAAAUAUUAAUUUGCUUUCUUUGAUUUUAGAUUGGAACUGUUACUUGAAAUGAUGGCCUAAACCAAUUCAGUAAAUCUUUGAUUAUAUUUCUACACUCUGCAUGGGUCACACCGCUUUAUUAGCUCAAAAUGUUUGGCUCUCUCAAAGGUGAAUAUGGAUAUUUUACCAUGUGAUAUAGCCAUUGGAGAAUUUUUGUUAUUUCUGUUGCCUGGUAACUGAUAAUGUUAUUUUAUAUUCUAUAUGGAUACAUGCCGUACUGUAAACCCAAACUUGUAGCCAUUUUACUGCACGGUUUGGUGAAAUUGCAAUUUAGCAUACUUUUAAUUUAGUGUUUUGACAACUACGCUUUUAAAAAUUCCGAACACGGAAGAAAACCACGCAGCAGUACUUUCAAUUAGUAAGUCAUUUUCCUAGCCAUAUCUUUUCACAAUUUAAUAUCUGUAAUUAUGAAAAUGUGAAAAUAAAAGGCAAGGGAGUAUUUCCGGGUUUACCAUGUUUACAGAACAGUCCAAAUCAAAAUUGACAUCCCAUCUGCUUCGCGUCAGUUACACGCAACUUGCGUGUCACUUGCGCACAAGUUGUGCACGGAGUUGUGUGCAAGUGUCGUGUCAUUGAUGCCCAAGAGCGCAUCAGUGGCACGCAGGUGACUUACAAGUUACGCAAAACAGGUUGAUCGAGAUUAUUUGUGACCCGCUCUACCAAAACUAGGUGCUUGUCGCAUCUGAACUUGACAGGUUGAUACGGACUUGUUGUUCAUUUCCCUAUUGUAGACCUUUUGUGAAAUCUAUUACAAACUGAUUUGGUCACAUUUCACAAAAGGUCUACAAUAGGGAAAUGAACAACAAGUCCAUAUCAACCUGUCAAGUUCAGAUGCGACAAGCGCCUAGUUUUGGUAGAGCGGGUCACAUUUGUCGUCCCCUCAGACCACUUGUACCGCUCGGUGAAAGCAAUGACGAUAUUUCAAUCCUCUCAGUUAGGUUAUUUGUAAUCGCGUGUCUACUUAAAAACGUUACUCUCACGGAAUUCCCGUAAAAUAUCUAUGGCGAUUCAAUUUCAAGAUUAAUGAUUGUGAUUACGCCAAAGGAGUGAAAAUUCACAUGACGUCCGGUGCAACGCAGGGCGUCAAUGCGGUGACGUCAAAUCAAUGCAGAAAAUGUCGAGCCGAGUGGCAACUGACGCGAAUUAUUUAGGGAUGUCAGUUGUGAUUGGGACUGUACGUUACAACAGUAUAUGAUGCAGAUGUUGUUGAUUCAAUCAAAGGCCACAAAAGAGAAUUGUGUUAUGAAUUUUAUACUACCUUCCAACUGUACUGAACUGUAAUAUACUUUUAGAACAAUAAUUGUACAUCUUAAAAUCAGGCAUGGAAACAAAAGAUUGUGAUGUAGUAUGACAGUUCAGCUUUUAUCUGAUUCAUCACAUCCCGGUCCUGGUCAAUUCAAGCUGGUGUUGUGAAUAAUCAACCAGACCAGACGCUAUGCCAAAACAUUAAAGCUGAACUGUCAUCCUACUAGACUUAAAGUGUGAUCUAGGGCAGUGACUGACAGGCAUCAGAAUUAAGGCAUACGCCUGCCUCAAAUGUACUUAAAUGAAUGGUUUCUUAAGAUUAUUUUUGAUGGCUUUACAAACGAACAGAUGUAGACAUGAUUUGUCUGUGGAUUCUUUACCAUUUUGGUGCGACGGACCAUUUUUUCGGCCACAUUGCAUCGGGCUCGCUGCGAUGGACUGAAAUAUGGUCCAAUGACCCCAUGUUGCAGUGUGCUACAAUGUACUAUGACAUUACGUCAUUGCCACAAAUGAUGCCGAUGGAAGCCACAGUGAACCCUGUAUUAAAAAUGCAGUGGAAUGUCACGUACCAAAGUGGUAAAAGUCAUCAUCAGUCCUGUAGUUCUUAUGUUUAACUCUUUCAGCGCUAUGGCCGAGAUAUCUCGGCAGAGUGUUCAUGUUCGAAUCUCCUAUGGCCGAGAUAUCUCUGCAGGCUCAAUAGUCAAAGAAACAUCAUCGAUUGACGAUCCCAAGCGAUCGCGAUGCCAACUGCAGCCAUUCUACAUGAAUCAGCUAGAUCAGCUCGAUCAGCAGACAACAUUCAGUGUAUAGAGUUGUUCGCAGAUGGUGUGUCGAGCGUUAAGCGGGAUUCCCCAUGUGUACUUUCACUGCUGAAAAAAAAAUCGCCCAGGAUUUGGGCACUGCCCGACCGAAAAACCGCCCAGAGCUGAAAGAGUUAAGCUCUCUCUGUACAAAUGUGUGUGACACAGAUAUCAGAACUUUUUUUAUACCUUUUACUUUCUGACUUUUGUUUUGAUUGUUUUAGAGUGUACUAUGUACACAUGUGCACUUGACUAUGUACAUGUACUGUGUAUAUCAUGAGAUUAUAUAGGUUUUGAUCAAGUCAGUUCGCAUCUGGCUAAUGUUGAUGUUGUACAGCUGUACAUUGUGAAAUGUUGGGUGAGUUGAAUGAGAUUAAUGAUCUGGUUAUGUUUUGGUGCAGAAUGCAGCUGAGGUUUAUUGACUGUAGAUGACCAGGAGCAGUGUUUCAUAUACUGAUCCAAGUGACAUGCCGUAACCUGGGGGGGGGGGGGGAUCUACUUGUCCAGUACUUGUAUAUUAUUGUAAAUGCUUAGGUGCUGUAACUGUCGAUAGUGCAGUGAGCGUCUUUGAAAUGUAUAAAGUAGGCCAUACCUCGUCAAUGAAGCAUUCCGUGAAAGAACCUGGAUGAAGGAAGUAGUAAGUACAAAUGGUACUGUAAACCCUUUAUUUUUGCCGCUCUAAAUUUUAGUGAAAAUGUUCCUUUUCAGAUUUUGUUACUAUCGAAUUCAGCAAAUGGAUGAGUUUCUAUGAUCGUUAGAUCGGUAAUCUCUGUGCCAUAAUGUUCACGUUUAACCCCCUUCUGCAAAAAUAUUUGGAUAGCGAAAAAUAAAGGGGUUUACAUUAUUAUGUAAUUUAAUACAACUGUGUGCAGUGUUUGACCCUGAGUUAUUCCACCAAGCUUUUUUAGUUGUUUUUGAAGUUAUUUUAAAGGGGUUAGGACAUUCGUAAAUACUGGUGGUACAGGAAAAUAGAAAUGCAGUUAUACACAAUGCCAUAGUGCAGUUAUUGUGCAUACAAAAUUUGCUGAAACUUGGUAAAAGUUCAGAUCUCUGCAGAGUUCUCCACUAUACUUUUUGUCCCGACUCGGCACCCGGACAGAAUCAUUUUUCCCACUUUAGCACCCGGACAAAAAAAUUAGUACCCGGACUGAUUCAUAGAGUUUGUAAUGGUUUUACUAUCAGAGCACCAAACAAAUUUUGCUGCAGCCUGGACAGAACUGAAGUGAAUUCUUAAUUGGGUCACAAAAUGGCUGCAGCACCCGGCCUAAAAAAAAUUGGUGGCAAAGAAAAGACAGACCAUCCGAAAAUAAACUAUUUUUUCCCCAGUUUAGAAUCAUGUUAAAAUGACCAUCAAAGGCCAGAAAUUGGUCUUAAUUACCCAUAGAACUGUUGAUUUUUUGUCACUUGUAUCCAAUAUUGGUGGAAUAAAUUUCUGUUGAGCCUACUUCAUGAACAAACGUUUUUAUUUAUAACAUUGUACGUAUGUGCAUGACGAAGUUUGAAACCGAUUUGGCAAGAAAAACUUAUUCUUUUUCAUGAAAAAUUGGCAGGGUUCUAUUGAUUUCAUGCAUGUUAAUCUUCUAUAAAAAUGAUUGAAUAAGAAAUUCAAAUUAAAAUUACUUUGAUUGCCUUAUGUCUUGUCUUGUGAUUGUAUGAAUUUAUGAAUUUAUGAAUUUGUUUUAUUUGUUUCUCCAGAGCGGCAAAUUGAUCUUGAAUAUUGUGCUCUAUCCAUGACCACCAUAGAAUUAUAGCCUGCAGAAACAUGUAAAAAUAGUACUGCACUUUAGGAUUGUAGUCAUGGUAACCAUGGUGUCCAUAGCAACCAUGGUAAUCAAGUGACUGUGGUAUCCUUAGCAACAUGGUAACCUUAGCAACAUGUAAAAUUUUGUAAUUCUUUUGAAAGUCUGUGUAUAUAGAGAUCAAGACUAUGAAUUUUUCGACUUGUAAAUACUUCUGAAACUAGCUUGGCAAAAUUGACAUAUUUUCCUGCAUUGAGGCAAAUUAUUAAAAUCAAUUUGUUUCUUCAGACCCAUAGGAAAAAUAUGUCUCAUUUUCACCAUGGUGAACCCACAGCACUUCAGCAUGGUGAAGUGGAACGGUGAAAUAUUUCACCAUGGUGAGCAUGGUAAAAUCUACAUUCACCAUGGUGAAUUAAGAUUUUACCGUGGUGAAUCUAAGAUCUUUUUUAUGAGGGGAACUUUAUACUUCAGAUCUAUGAUUAAUGUCACUUACAUUACAAUCCAUCGCUCAUGUCAGGUUUUGCCCAUGCCAAUCCACCGUCGUUGUGCGUAUAUCCAUCCUUCACCACUGAUAAAGUCCCCCCUGAUUGGCCGUCAGAAGGACUGUUACUUUAUCAGUAGUCUCCCUGCAUUCCCUUCCUUCCCACACGUCCUCAGCCGCGACAACACUAACAUUACAUUCACUCGUGGUUGUCGCACGAGACACGCACUGAAAGUCAUCAUAAUGGAAGACCAGUUGUUCAAUGAGUAACGGUUCCAGGGAUGCUGACCUGACCCAAAUGCACAGUGCAUGUUGUAUAGAAGAAGGGUAACCUGAUACUGAGGUUGGCACUAUCAAUUCAGGCCGUCAUUCAAUAACUUUGUGUCGAGCAAUUUGAUUGGCCACCAGUUCAUGAUGGUGCGCCCAACGGACUUCCGGGCACUUUCUGUCGGCGGUGGUAGGAGGAGACUGGAGCAUUGAUAUCAACCGCCGAUAAUUAGGCACGGUUUCGCAAAAAAAACUAGCUUAACAAAUUGUAAAAUUUGAAAAAUGUAAAAUGCUUUAAUGGAACACUGUUGUUUCUUCUGAUCACUAUGAAUAGAAAGAUGGAUCAAGUUUUCCCAAAUAUUGCAAGACAGAAUUUUGCCAAGCUACGUGUAGUUUAAUUUGUAUUGUGAUUCAUCAUGUUUUGGGACUCUGGAGAGCAAACUACUGGUUGGAUUUUAUCAAAAAUCUAAAAGUGUCUUUGGUUUUGACCCGCAGACCAAUAAAAACCAAACUUCAAAGAAUUCCAACCAGUAGUUCGCCCUCCAGUGCCCAAAACGAUGUGGAGAUUUACCAAUAAUUUAUAGCGUGCGUCAUUGAAUUCUGGUCAGAAGGAGUUAAAUAUUUCAUUGCAUCUUCCAUUUAGGAUCUCUGUAUAAGGUAAAGUGAUACAAUUAUAGUGUAUAAAACAGCUGAUAGUACAUAUGAAAUGCAUACACAGAGGGGCAUGGGGGCAUGAGAUAUAUCCCCAAUCGUCCUGAUUAAUUAAGUUUUUGAGAUUUAUGUUUUAAAAUCUAAAGCGGCAUUUUAAGAUACUAAGAAGGAGAUUUUCAGCUGCAAAUAAGCUUUAGGAGAGGUCAUUUUCUAAAGAAACAAAAAAAAUGAAAUACAAUUUCGCCCCCCCCAUGAAAAAAACCCUGGCGGAAACCCUGAGGGUGUCAUUGUGAAGCGCUUGACCAUAGUCCAACAGAGAGAUCUAACUGAGAGCUUGUCAGACAAGAGCGAUUGUAAUUGCACUCAAGUUUAUUCUACUGAUUAUGACCCAGAUGACCUGUGUACUUCGUGAAUAACCCCCUUCUUCACCAUCACAUAAAUUGAGACAACAGUUCUCCUGACCAGUUCUUUGGUAAAAGUAUGUCAUUUAGUGCUUCCUUCCCAACCCUUCCACCAGGGGGCUAUUCAUUCAGUACAUACAUCUUAGUCGUCGUGUUCAAACUUGGCACAAUGGCAACAUGAUUUCAUCACUAAUAGUCACUUAAGGCGUCACAAGAGGUUGAGCCCGCAACUGUUGAUGUUAUCCUGCCGUACAAAAUCAUUCUCAAAGUCCAUGGGGAAUUGGUGGUAUUCAGAUUGUGAUGCGAGAACAAGCUGGCAUUUCGCAUAAGGAUGUCACAUAUUAGUCCUGUUGUCAGAAAAGCAACGAAAGUGUAUGUCUUUAAUGUUUGAUGUUUGGUAUACCUAGAAACAGUGAUACAAAACAAUCGACUUGCUGACGUCAAUCGGAGAAAAAAGUCACUUUGUUCUUGUUCUCGGAUCAAAAUCUAUGCCAAUAAACAGUGAUACAAACAAUCGACCUCAUGACAUCAGCCUGAGAAAAAAGUCACUUUGUUCUCAUUUUCAGAUCAAAAUCUAAAUCUCCUUAUUGAAAAUGAUAUCUCCUAUUCUGUUCCUGAUAAUAGGCCCACGAGGGCCUGAAUUGCCUCUCAAUUUCUGCGGUGAAGAACAUGCUCACAAAAUGUCAAAUAACUAGUGUACUCACUGGGAAAGGGUACAAUUACACAGGGAGAAAUUUCCGUAAAAAUCUAUGUAGUAAUGUUCUAUGUAGAUUCUAUAUAGAAUCUACAUAGGUAAUAUAUAGUUCACUAGAUUCAUUCUAUAGAUUCUAUAUAGGUCUAUAUUGAAACUAUGUAGAAUAUACAUAGAAUCUAUGAAAAAAUCUAUUCAGAAAUUCUAUAUAGAUUUUUUGUGUUUACCAUUUUCCAUAUAGUUUCUAUAAAGAUUAUAUAUAGAAAUUUUUGCCUGUGUAAAGUAUAAUUUCUAUUCAUCCCAAAUGAGUCUUUUAUGGACUAAGUCACAACCGGAAUACCGGGAUAAGAUGAUCUAAGUUUUUAGAUGCCAUUAUAUCAGAUGCCAUUUUGACAAAACGGGGGUUUCUUUCUUUACCUUGUCCUACAUGUAUAUCUUACCUGCCUAGUAUUUGUACAGAGUUGUUCAUAAAAAUGCAGUAGGUGGCAUUAGCAGUAGCUGGUAUUAACAACUGCCAAUUUUGCAUUCAAGUCAGAGGUCAAAAAGGUAGUGUAUACUGGUAUACUGUCAAGGGAAAUGAAUAUGAACUGAUUUCUGACCAGAAUUCUUGAUGUUCAGCCGUCGAUGAUUAAUAUGAGAAAGGCCAGGUUGUCAAAAUCUGUAUAUUUUGGAUGUUGUACAGUUCUUAACUGAGGGAAAAAUAAAUUAUGAA